AACCCUGCUGUGGUCAUAUGACUAAAUAAACAGAUCUGCUGCCCAACCUCCUCUCCGUCUCUCUCCGUCUGAGACCCUGGAGACUCGAGCUUUAGCUCCAUCCCUCCCUCCAGCAGUUGUAUGAGCGAGCGCUACAAAACCAGAGAUCACAGACGAGAGAGGCAGACAGCGAGAACUUAGCAAGAACUCAGGCUUUUCCUAGACAUGCUUUUGCUCUGACGUCCAGGCAUCUGCUGAAGAGUCUAAACGUGUCCUGCUCUGGAAGACAGCAUGAAGAGUUUCAGCCGGUCCCAACUGACUGCCAUGACAACAGGUUUGCUCCUGCUCUGUCUGGGUAGCUCAGGUCUGGAGCUCAAUCCCAGCAUCUCUCAGGUCAUCCUCUCCAUCAACUCCUCCUUCAGCAUCACCUGCUCCGGCUGGAAUGACGUCACCUGGCGCUUCAAACGGGAGGAGAAAGUUCCGGAGUUCCACGUCGAGAAGCCAAGUUCGUCCUCCAGCGUUCUCAGUCUGGAGCAGGUGACGUGGAGACACACGGGCGUUUAUGUGUGUUCGGAGAAUGGGACAGACGAGACCAGAGAGGUGGCCGUCUUUGUGCCUGAUCCUGAGGUGUGGUUCCUGGAGAACGAUCAUUUAAUGGUGACUAAGACGAGAGAAGAAGGCAUGAUCCCAUGUCUGGUGACAAAUCCCUCGAUAAACAUCACGCUGUACGAGAGUGACUCAGAGAUAAUGGUGGAGGGUUCGUACAACCCCAGCGUGGGCUUCAGCGCCGCCCUGGAGGACAGAACCUACAAAUGCAAAGGAGAGCUAAACGGAGAGGAGAAAGAGUCCGUCGGCUUCUAUGUCUUCAGUAUAUUUGCUCCCGGGGCUCUGGAUCCCUACAUCAACGCCUCCAAAACGGUCCUGAAACAGGGCGAGAUGCUGAACGUCAACUGCACCGUUCACGGCGUGGAGCUCGUCUUCUUCUCCUGGGACUUUCCCCACAAAGACGUGGGGGACAUUGAGCCCUUGACUGACGUCCUGUCGUCCAUGAGCAUGCGGUCCUGUCUCAACAUCACAGACGUGUCUCUGGCCAGAUCAGGACAGUAUGAUUGUCACGUGCAUGAGGGUGUGCUGAACCAGAGAGCUUCAGCCAGUAUUAACAUCACUGUACUGGAGAAAGGCUUCGUGGCUCUUUCUUCACAUCUGGGCAGGAACGUCUCGGCACUGCUCGGAGAAAACGUGGAGCUGAAGGUGGAGAUUGAGGCGUAUCCCAAACCCAGCGUGCAGUGGACUAAAGACGGCGCUGCUAUCAGAGGACACAGCACCAGACAAGAACAAGAGACAGGGUUUGUCAGCACACUGACCCUGGUCAGGAUCCGACUGGAGCAGAUGGGUCUCUACACCGUCAGUGUCCAAAACCAAGAUGACUUUAAAGAGAUGACCUUUGACCUAGAGGUGAAAGUUCCUCCUCAGAUAACUGAACUCUCUGACCAUCAGCUGCCGGGUAAGAAGCAUGCGGUCACCUGUGUGGCGGAGGGAGUGCCGUCUCCCAGCAUUCAGUGGUUCAGCUGUGACAGCAUGCCCAAGUUUGAUAAAAGCUGUGUUUUCUCUCCAGCGUUGUUUUCUCAGGUGGCCAUUCUGGCCGCAGUCUUAGCGCUGGUGGUCAUCGCCAUUAUCUCCAUCAUCAUCCUCAUCGCUGUGUGGAGGAAGAAGCCGCGUUAUGAAAUCAGGUGGAAGGUGAUCGAAUCGGUCAGUUUGGAUGGACACGAGUACAUCUACGUCGACCCCAUUCACCUGCCCUAUGACCUGGCCUGGGAGAUGCCGCGGGACGGUCUGGUGCUGGGUCGGACACUUGGAUCUGGAGCGUUUGGGCGUGUUGUUGAGGCGACGGCGUACGGUCUCGGCCGUUCCCAAUCCGCUACUAAAGUGGCAGUGAAAAUGCUGAAAUCGACGGCUCGGAGGAGCGAGACUCAAGCUCUGAUGUCUGAACUCAAGAUCAUGAGUCAUCUGGGUCCUCACCUCAACAUCGUCAACCUGCUGGGCGCCUGCACCAAACACGGUCCGCUGUAUCUGGUGACAGAAUACUGUCGCUUUGGAGAUCUGGUUGACUAUCUGCACAGGAACAAGCACAGCUUCCUCCAGUACUACGCCGACAAGAACCACACCGCCAACGGCAGCCAGAUCUGUAACGACAGCGAUGUGCCGACCGGGAAAGAAUACGUGUCGUUUGGCAGCGAGCGUGAUGGAGGAUAUAUGGACAUGACCAAAGACGAGCAGACCGAAUACGUGCCGAUGCAGGAGCUCACGGACACCAUCAAGUACGCAGAUAUCCAGCCAUCACCCUACGAGUCUCCUUACCAGCAAGACAUCUACCAGGAGCAAGGUCACAGGGUGGAUCGGUCUCUGGUCAUCAGUGAUUCUCCGCUUCUGAGCUACACUGAUCUCGUGGGUUUCAGUUAUCAGGUGGCCAAAGGCAUGGAGUUCUUGGCAUCAAAGAACUGUGUGCAUCGGGAUCUGGCAGCAAGAAACGUCUUGAUCUGUGAGGGCAAACUGGCCAAGAUCUGUGACUUUGGACUGGCCAGAGACAUCAUGCAUGACAACAACUACAUCUCCAAAGGCAGCACGUUUCUUCCUCUGAAGUGGAUGGCGCCGGAGAGCAUCUUUCAUAACCUGUACACCACGCUGAGUGACGUCUGGUCCUACGGCAUCUUACUGUGGGAGAUUUUCACUCUGGGAGGAACCCCGUAUCCAGACCUGCCCAUGAACGAGUUGUUUUACAGCGCUCUGAAGAGAGGAUACCGCAUGGCCAAACCCUCGUACGCCUCCGACGACAUUUAUGAGGUCAUGAGGAAAUGUUGGGAUGAGAAGUUCGAGAAGCGUCCCGAGUUCUCCUUUCUGGUGCACACCAUGGGGAACAUGCUGUCAGACAGAUAUAAAAAGAAAUACUCUCAGGUCAGCGACAGCUUUCUGAAGAGCGAUCACCCUGCGGUGGCCCGUGUGAAGCCGCGUGUCCCGUCUCCGUUCCCGAACGCCUUCCCUCCUCAGUAUCCAUCCUCAGAUCUGAGCCCAAACCCGGCCCCGCGCCCGCAGGCCGACGGAGAGCCGCACAACGAGUACAUCAUCCCCAUCCCCGAUCCCAGACCAGAGGAGGAGACCCAGGACGGGCCGGUGCUGAUGGAAAUCCCCUCGAGCUCGUUAGGUUCUGAUGAGGAGACGGUCUCCAUGGAAACCCCGAGCACCGAACCUGAGCGCGAGGAGCUGCUGCCAGAUCAUUCUAGAAGUCCAGAGGUGGAGGAGAGCUUCCUGUGACACACUCCUGCUUCCUGUCAUCAUCAAGUAAUUUUAAUGUACUUUUAAGCAGAUUUUUAUCAAAUGCAUCAGAAUGAUAUGCUAGAGCCCUCAUGUGCUCUUAAAGACCGUCUGUGAAGGUUGAGGCUUGAACCAGACCAGUUUUUCUUUGUUUUUGUAUUCUUUUUUCUUGUAUUCUUUUUUACUAAAGUGGUACAAUGCAGUAUCAGAAAGCAAAGCUACAAUCAGCUGAUAUGUACAUUAGUUGGGUUACUUUUUGUGUUAAAAUCAUUCUCAGCGUUUUUGAAAUUAAGUGCAUAUUUCAUUUCUAUAUUCAGACAGCAGUCUGUGACUUUUUAUUUUAACUUCAGACUUUUUUUGUCAAGAUUCUUGUAGCAAACUUGCACUUUAAUGUUUAUGAAUAAUUGAAGCAAAUAGAUUAUACACGUGAUUAUUUUUGAUUUCAUUUUCUAGUUUUACAUUCUGUAAAGGGAAACGACAGAACCAUGGAAGCCCGUUUCCACCACUGAUUUUAAAAAAAUAAAUGUAAA